CCAAGUUUCCAUCGUUUCCCCAUUACACACGACCUUAGAUGAGUAGCAAACAAAUCGAGAUCCAAUUCGAAGACCCCAACCCCCACAAAUGGUGCCAACCGCUGAAAGAAGAUGCGUUCGCUGCCCUAACUACGCACAAACCAGGAUCGCUCUUCAGCCCUUCCUUAUUCGGUAAAUUCUUCGAUCCCUCAGAUGCCUUCCCUCUAUGGGAGUUCCAAUCCGACGAGCUGCUGCCCAAUUCCGCUCACCGCAGCGUCGAUUGGUGCCAAACUCAUACCGAUUUUAUCCUCAAAGCAGAUCUCUCUGGUAAUAGGCAUAGCAGUGUUGAAGUUGCAGUGGAAAAUGGGAAGAUUAUGGAGAUAAGUGGGCAACAAAAAGAGAGUAAGAAUAGGAAGUGGAAAAGCAGCCAGUGGUGGGAGCAUGGGUAUGUUAGGAGGAUUGAACUGCCUGAACAUGCAGAUUCGAGGAAAACUGAAGCUUAUAUCAACAAUGAUUCUCUGCUAGAGAUCAGAAUCCCCAAACUUCCCACAGAUUCUGAUGCAUCAUCAAAAGGAACUUAAUUUAACAUAUCAUCAAUUCUCUCUCUCUCUCGUUUAUAAUUUAUUUCAUGAAAAAUCUCUCGUCGAGUGAAUAUGAAUAUGAAUAUGAAUAUGAAUAUGAAUAUGAAUAUGAAUAUUGAAUAGAGACCACCUUUUUCUA